AUGAAGAUUCCAUCUGAUGGCUGCUCAAGCGACCUGGAUCACAUGGCAGCUGAAGAGUACUGGAUAGGUGACUUCAUGCACAGAAAAGAAAAUUAUGGCAUUAUUCGGGUUCCUGAUGAGUUUUUGGAAGACAGGUUCAACCUUGUUGGACUAGAGAGGCGGAUAUUCAAUCUUGAAGAUGCAUACAACUCAAUCCUAGACAGAGGACCCAGAGGAGACUUUCUGGAAGAGUCUUGCUUGUAUUAUUUAAUACACCAGAGAUACAUAUUUACUAAGCCUGGAUUAGAGGCAGUCCUAGACAGAGUCAUGAAUAAAGAGUAUGGCGUAUGCCCAAGAGUGGGAUGCAAAGCAUCUGCAGUGAUUCCUAUUGGAAUGAGCGACUUUCCAGGCAAAAAAGCAACAAAGGUCUAUUGCCAUUCUUGUACAGCAGUGUAUGAGCCUGGCAGCAAGCUGCGCAUGCUUGAUGGAUGUGCAUGGGGAAGAUCCUUCCCUCACUUUUUGAUUCUUACAUAUCCGUAUCACUUUCCAUCAUCAACAGGCAAGGAAUAUAUUCCCAGGAUAUAUGGAAUCAGGAUAUGCAAGCAUGAUGAUAACGACUCCCAUUCGGAGGAUAACUAG